AUGAACUUGAAACCCGUGCUCAUCCUGCUUGGCCUGGCCUUAGCCACGAUCUUCGCUUUGGUCUGCGUGCUGCUGACCAGGGAAAGGAGCCCCAGGACGUGCCAGAGCCUUCCCCCAGAGCAGGAGGACACAGAGGACGGCCAGAGCCUGGUGUUUGCCGACCUGACGGCCGAGGAGAUGUCGCAGGUGGUGCGGUACCUGCGGGGCCACCUCGGGGUGCCGCUGGUGGAGGCGUCGCGGGCCGAGCCCUCGGAGAACUGCAUCGCCUGGCUGGACGUGCAGGUGCCCGCCAAGGCAGAGGUGCUGCGGUUCCUGGACUCGGGGGGGGCCCGUCCGCCCCGGGAGGCUCUGGCUGUGCUGUACUUUGGGCAGCAGCCGGAGCCCAACAUCACCGAGCUGGUGGUGGGGCCGCUGCCGGGGCCGGCGUACCACCGGGACGUGACGGUGCGCAAGUACGGGGGGAGGCUGCCCUACCACCGCAGGCCCACGCUGGCUGGGGAGUACAAACAGAUCGGGGGCUUCCUGAAGAGCCGAGUGUUCCCCUCAGCUCCAGCUUUCAUGCAGCAAGUCAUGGAGUAUGACGGAGCCAACCUGGCCACCGUGACGGCUGCUCCCCGUGGGUUCCAGUCUGGGGACAGGGUCACCUGGUUUGUCGUGUUCCAGAAUGUGAGCGGGUUCUUUCUGCACCCCGUGGGGCUGGAGGUGCUGGUGGACCACAGCAGCCUGGACAUCUCCCAGUGGGCAGUGAGCAGGGUGUUCUACAACGGGCAGUACUACAGGGACAUGGUGCAGCUGGAGAGUGCCUACGUGCAGGGCCGGGUCAGCGUGGAGAAGGUGAGGAGGGCACCGAGGGACGGGGAUUUCUCCUCCAUGAAGCCUCGAGCGCCCGCGGCCGCGCCGUUCCCGCUGCAGUUCGAGCCGCAGGGUCCCCGCUACAGAGUCAGGAACAACCGGGUGCUCUUCCAGGGCUGGAGCUUCGCCUUCGGCAUGAGCGUGAGCAGGGGCCUGCGGCUGUUUGACAUCCGACACAAGGGGGAGAGGGUUGCCUACGAGAUCAGCGUGCAGGAGGCGCUGUCCGUGUACGGCUCCAACUGCCCGGCCGGGAUGUCCACCCGCUACAUGGACGGCAGCUUCGGCCUGGGGCGCUACACCUCGCCCCUGGUGCCAGGGGUGGACUGCCCCUACCUGGCCACCUUUGUGGACACAGUCUCUCUGUCUGACAGCCUGAGGCCCAAGAAGAGGAAGGCUUCGCUCUGCAUCUUUGAGCAGAACCUGGGCUCGCCUCUGAGGCGCCACUACUCCAACCUGCAGUCGCUCUACUACGGGGGGCUGGUGAACUCGGCGCUGGUGCUUCGCUCCAUCGCCACCGUGGGCAACUACGACUACGUGUGGGACUUCAUCUUCUACCAGAACGGGGCCCUGGAGGGCAAGGUGCAGGCCACGGGGUACCCGAGCUCAUCCUUUCUCCAUGGGGAUGGCCUGAGAUAUGGCAAUAGGCUUUGGGAGCACACCCUGGGUACAAUACACACCCAUUUUGUCAACUACAAGGUGGACUUGGAUGUGGGAGGGGUGAAAAACUCCCUCAUGGCCCAGGACAUGGAGUUUGAGAUGGCCCAGGCUCCUUGGAGCCCAGAGCAGCAGAUAGAGAGGCCACGGCUCACCAGGAGAGUCCUGGACACAGAAGACCAGGCUGCCUUCCUGCUCCACUCCAAGAUGCCCAGAUACAUCUACUUUGCUGCCAACAGCAAAAACAAGUGGGGCCACCAGCGUGGCUACAGGAUCCAGAUCACCAGCUCUGCAGGGGACCACAUCCCUGAGGCCAGCUCCAUGGAGAGGGCCAUCAGCUGGGCAAGGUACCAGCUGGCUGUCACCAGGAGGAAGGAGGAGGAGCCCACCAGCACCAGCAUCUACAACCAGAACGACCCCUGGACGCCCACUGUGGCCUUUGCUGACUUCAUCAACAACGAGACCCUCACCAAUGAGGACCUGGUAGCCUGGAUAACUGCUGGCUUCCUGCACAUCCCACACUCUGAGGAUAUUCCCAACACUGUGACCGUGGGAAACUCCGUUGGUUUUCUCCUGAGGCCCUACAACUACUAUGACCUGGACCCCUCUAUAUACUCCCAGGAUGGUGUGUUUUUCACCAGUGAGCAGGACUUCACAGCGUGUGAAAUCAACCCUCUUGCCUGCUUGCCCAAAACUGCCUCCUGUUUGCCAAGCUUCCCCCCAUUCACUUUUGAUGGUUUUCCAAAUAUGAGCAGGAUUUAAUGCUACAGGAUGGUGAGGAGAUGUGGGCAGAGACACCAGGCUGACUGUUCUGUCUCCAGUUUUCAGCUUUUUAGUGAAGUUGUCUCAAUUUUCAGUUGUCCAGUGACUUCACGUUUUAUCAUUGCUUUUGAAAUAGUGCU